CUUAGCAUGGGCUCUGAACAACGCCAAGUUAUUAUAAACUCCGUUUUCAAUCGUCGCAAUGCCGCUGGCCAGCUUGAAGAGACGUACAUGGCCCAUGUUAAGAUCUGGGAGGAUGCUGGGCCUGAAGGCGGUGGGAAGAAACCACGCUACAUCCUUCUAUCUCAAACGCUGAACGGAAACGGAUUCCUGCACAAAUCGAAACUCAACACGAAUGGCACAUUUUCAGUGGGAAAGACGUGGAGGUUACCAGAACUUCGUGGUUUGGCGGUGGUGAACCCCACGAACUUCAAUAUUACCCUUUCCAGGACAUAUAGAUGGCAAACUGAAAACGCCGUUGAUCAAACGAGGUUUCUUGAGACAGUUAUCCGACUCUUUCGUGCGGUCGCCCCGGGCACUCAAUUGCAGUUGGAAGGUAUUGAAGACAGCUCCGCGAGACCAGAUGGAACUCGGCGACCAAAUAACAACCAACGGGCAGCUACUCCCGACCACGAACAGCGCGCUCCAUCUCCCCCUCCUCCCAGAUCUCAAUCGCGUAAUGGCUUCGCAUCACGACCAGCUUCACCAGCAAACUCAAGUCGUGGUUAUCCUGCAGGGCGGUCUGCUUCACGUGCUCCAGCACCGACGAGCUCGCCACAGCCUCGUCCUCGUCCUGCUAGACGCCCAUCAAAUGCUGCUUCCACAAUCAGUCAGAUUCCCGCUCCCGCGACUGCUGUCCCAACACCGUCAGUUCCCGACACCAUCCCUUCUCCCGAACUUAAUCGGCCCCCUCCUCGCUCAUCGUCACCCUUACCAGUAAGAUCAACGAAGCGCAGUGGAACUAAUGGUAUGCCGCAAGACGGUCUAACGCGUCGAGACCAAACCGCUCAGAAUGCCCGUGUCUCUUUCUUUGACCCCGCGAAUCAAGCCACUUUGGACCGUCUAAUAAGAUCAGCUGCCACGGAUAUCGACGGAGAGGAGGAAACAGCGCAGGCCAUGAUGUCCAGUGUUGAGGAAAUGAUUGAAGGCUAUGAGUGGGCCAUAGACGAUGUGAUUGGGCGCAAAUCUUCGAAAGGCGCAGCGGACUUGAUCGAAGCGCGCCUCGUUGACGAACUGUCGGCACUCGAUAAGGCCAACAUUCACUCGUUCUUGGAGUCGGAUGAUCUUAUUGAUGUUGUUCUCAAGUUCAUGGACGACGCGAUGGCAGAGUUGGAUACCAUGGACAGUCUGGUUCAGACGUAUAAGAUCCACCUAAAUGCCGUCGGGGAUGAUAUUUCCUACAUUCAGUCGCAAAACCGUGGCCUUCAAGUUCAGACUCAAAAUCAACGUGCUCUCCUUGGCGAAAUCCAGAAUCUUCUGCAAACCGUCCAAGUUGACAAGGAUGCUCUGGCAAUCCUCACCCAAGAGUCCUUGGAGAAGUCAACUGGAAUUCAACGACUCGAAGAGGCGGCAACAAUGCUUUACAAGGCUCUACAGGCUGGCCAAGAUACAGACAUGGCCGCAACUAUGGAGCGUCUACAAGAAUAUCGUACCUAUAACGCCCAGUUCUGCAAACGCAUUUACGACUUCCUUUCAAUAAUGUUCACAGCUCAGUCUCAAAUGCUGCUCGGUUCCACGGAUGGCCUUUCAAAGCCAGAUGCUCGUGGUCGGUUAAAAAUGGUCGUGCAUCAAGACCUUGAACAAUAUCUCGGGCGAUAUGCAGGCUUGAUGCUAUAUCUGAAGGAGAUGGACGAGAAGGUAUACGCAAAGUUGUGUGCUGCGUACUUUUCGUCCUCGAGUGAACUUCACCACACACAAAUCAAAGCCCUCUCUGGAGCGUAUAUGAAACUGGUAAAGAAGGCAUCCGAAGAGGAACAGGAGCAAGGGUUUGGGGCAACUCCGACUGUCAGUGCAAAGGGCGCCACUGGAAUGCGCCGCGCAGGCACGCUAAUGAGGUCUCCGAUGGAUACACGUAACAAAGACAAAGAUAAAGACGGCAGUCUCAAAGCGUCUGAGGUCUUAGCAUUGAUUUUAGAAGAGAUUGCACCACUACUUUCCAGGGAGGAAGAAUUCAUGGCCGAUUUCUUACAGAUCAACGAUGCUGCGUUAACUUUCGCCGACUACAUGGAUCUGGACAACUACUUCCGCAGACAGGCAUCUCGCGGGGCUGGACUCAGUCAGACGACGAUGAAACUUGUUCGUGGAGCAAUGGAUCUCAUAUUUGGCUUUUUGCCGGAGGAGCUCAAGUCAUGGUUGGAUAAUGCAUUGGCAAAAGACAAUAUGCAGAUCGUUGGUCUCAUCGUCAGUCUUGAGCGCUUUAUAGCAGAAGCUGACGAUCGAGGCAACCUCUUCCUCCUGAACGCCCUCGGCAAGCAACAUACGCGGCUGAAAGGAUUGUUCGAUCGUCACAUUAAUGAGCAAAUCAAGGGCGUCGAGCAAACUAAACUGAACGGCAAGAAGCGCAAGGGCGUCGUGCAUUUCGUCAAGCACUUCCCAGUGUACAUCAGCCACGUGGAAAGCCAGCUAAUAGGUGCUGAUGCGCUGGAAGUACGGGGAACUGUCGACGCUGCCUACGACCGGAUCGUCCAAUCCAUGUUUGAGUCGCUCAAGCAGAUGGCCAAGAUGGAUGGAGAGGGUGAAGAUAAAGGACAGCUCAACUUCCACGUGAUAUUGAUUGAGAACAUGCAUCACUUUGUGGCCGAAAUAUCGCAGAUAGAAAUUGGUUCAGUUUCGGGCUUUUUACGACGCGCUGAAGGGAUAUACGACGAAAACAUGACCGCAUACAUCAAGAUUGUUCUUCGUAGACCGUUUGGGAAGCUCAUUGAUUACUUUGAAGGUGUCGAACGUCUGUUGAAGACAACGGCUCCUUCCGAAGUCGCAACAAAUCCCAACUAUAACAAAUCAGCCCUCAAGAAGGUUGUGAAAGAAUUCAACGCAAAGGAUGUCCGAAAACAUGUCGAUGGCUUAUUCAAGCGUGUGGAGAAGCACUUUACAGAGGGCUCGGAGGACAGUGGUGCCGGUAUGGCCUCUGGGACUGUUAUGGCCGGCGUGUGGAAAGCAUGUGAGGAAGAAUUAGUGCGGGUUACCCAACUGGUUCAAAAGCGAAUUACCCAGUGCUAUGCGGAUAGCGGGGUAACACUUGAGUAUACUAUAGCAGAUGUUGAAUCAGCAUUCCGCCGCCAGCGAGCGGGUACUUAA